AUGGCUGCAGCCAACUUUUCAGUGUAUGUCUUCACUGGAUCAGAGAUUCAUUGGAGACAAGCCAAGACCUUUACAGGAGACGCAGCAGCUCUUCGAACAAUACUAUCUGGAUUAACUGGGUUUCUAAUUGGAGAGUCAUUGUUGGUGGCUGCUGCUCUAUUCACGGCACGUCCCAUCCACUUAUUUAGUGGUGGCGUUUUACAUGUCUUGGCUUGGCCCUUUCAAUGGGGAACUUCCCAACUCCAUCCACAUGUUGAACCCUGGUUACAUGGCUUGAAACAAUCACAGAAAUUACCGGAUCCUCGACUUUAUGAACAGAAUCAUCUACAUGAUGAUUAUCUAGAUGAGUCUGGCGAUGAGGACGAGGAAGGGGAUUACCUACUUACUCCCCCUGGUCAUUCUAACUUGAACUCCAUCUCGGAGAAUAGACGCACGACGGACCGUUGGAUUCCGCGUGUUUUCGUCCUUGCGUUUGUCUCCUUGGCAGUAACUCUGCGCUGUCUCAGACCCUCGGAUACAGUCUAUCUAUAUCUAUCUGGAACAUUACCUUUGGCUUCCUUCGAAGGAGGCCACCGGGAUUCCCCUGUGGAUCUCAGGAGUCUACCUUCCCUCCAGUAUAACUAUCUUGAUUCCAAUACGUCAUUGCAUUCGCCAACAUCAUGGAAUUGGAUGCCCAAACACCCUGGUGCGGGAUUCGAAGAUUGGAAGGUCAUGCACAAGGAUAAAGACCCUCUGCAUUAUAGUCCACUGAAGAACCCAUUGCAUAUCUCCAAUUUGCAACAUCCAGUUCUGGAGUCUAUCCGCGGCGUUCUGGACGACGGAAGUGUGAAGAUCAAACAGAUGGUUCUAUUGAAGCUUGAAAGCGCGCGUGCGGAUACCUUCCCCUUGCGAAAGGACUCUUUCUUGUAUGACCGCAUUGCAGAAACGUAUGGCAAUGACAAGAUUUCUCAGGUUAUCGAGCGGCUCAUCUCAAACUAA